CAUAGUGAAUUUCGAAUUUCAAAUGGUAGUGAAAAUGGAUUCAUUUUCAUUUUUUAUGGAUUACGAAAAUAUUAGAGGAUAUGCUGAUAAUUUAUAUACGAAUGACAAUGAAAAAUGUUUAGAGGCGAUAAUUCGAGUAAAAAACUCAGUGAUUGGAUCAAAUAAACAAAAGGGAAGUGUUAUAGCUCAAGGUAUUGUACCAAGGCUUAUGCGGCUUUUAGCUGGUGAACCUGAAAUUUCUACCGCUAUUCGUUUAGAAGCUGCAGUUACAUUAGGAUCUUUAGCUCAUGGAAGUGAAUUUCAUGUAUCUGCUUUAGCAGAUGCACAAUUAGUACCACUUUUAAUGAGUGUUAUUGAAGAAAGUAAUGAAAACACUGAGGAUAAAGAUCAUAGAGCUUUGGUUGCAGCCUGUUUACGAUGUUUACGCUCGUUAGCACAAAGUGGUUUUUAUCCACGAAUCGAUGAACCACCACGAUUGUUGUUGAAUUUAGCUGCAUCAGAACAACCUACUGGAAAUCGUGCUUGUGUUGCUGCAAUAUUAGCUGCAGCUUGUGUUGAAACAACCGAGCAAGAUGCUUUAUGCGAGGCAAAUGCAGGUCCUAUUUUAGCUAAUUUAUUAGUAGAUGCACCAGAAAGUUUAUUACCGCCAGCUUUAGAAUGUAUAGCAGCCUUUUCAAAGGAUCACAAUCAAGCGGCGCAAUCUUUAGUGAAUGUUGGAUGUGUUGAAUUAUUAGCAAAUCUUGUUCAACGAUCAAAACCUCCACAUAUUCAAUUAGGAGCUGCUCGAUGUUUAGCACAUUUACAUCGAGCUGGAGCAAUUGCUGCUAAUGAUCCUCGUAUUGUUUAUCGGGCGCUACCGUGCUUAGCACGAUUGUGUCAUCGAGAACAACCAUCAGAAAUUCGAGCGGAGGCUGCUGAUGCUUUAGCAUAUCUUGCUGAAGUUGAUACAGAUUUACAAAAAACCGCAUCGAUUUCUUAUCAUUUGAUAUCGGAAUUGAAGGAUUUAUUAUCAGAGGCAGUUAUUGAAGGUCGACAAGCAGCAUUUAAGGCAUUUGCGGCCUUAGGUGCUAACGAUGAAGGAAUACGUAAAAAAAUUAUUGAAACGGAUAAUUUAAUGCCACGUUUAGUUUUAAAUUUAGGCUCUCAUAAUGAAUCUGUACGUUUGGCCGCUGUUCGAUGCUUACACUCACUUUCACGAUCAGUGCAACAAUUACGAACAACUUUUAAUGAUUUCUGUGUAUGGCAACCGUUAAUGGCAUUACUUACCAGUUCCCCUCCACCAUGCACGGAAUUAUUAACCGUAGCUUCGUCAACAUUAUGCAAUCUCUUAUUGGAAUUUUCACCGGCGAAGGAACCAAUACUCGAAUUAGGUGCAGUUAAAUUACUAUGUGAACUAACGGAAAGUCCUGAAGCGGCGUUACGAUUAAAUGGUGUAUGGGCCUUAAUGAAUAUGGCAUUUCAAGCAGAACAACGUGUUAAAUCACAAAUACUAAAUGCAAUGGGGACGGAUCGAAUAUUUCGUUUACUUGGUGAUUCUGAUGCGCGUGUACUUAUGAAAACGUUAGGUCUAUUACGUAAUUUAUUAAGUACACGUUCACAUAUUGAUGCGAUAAUGUCCGUUCAUGCGUUACAAGUAAUGCAAGGUAUUGUGUUAGUACUGGAAGGACCACAUGGACCUACGGUUAAAGAGCAAGCGUUAUGUGUGUUGGGAAAUAUAGCGGAUGGUGAUCGAGCCAAAGAACAUAUUAUGUCAAAUGAAGAUGUUCUUAAGAAGCUUAUACAUUAUAUGAUGCAUUCGGAUUCUAGAUUACAAGCGGCAGCUAUUUUUUGUAUUGGAAAUUUAGCACGUCACGAAGAAGCUGGCGCAAUUGAACGACAACAGCGUUUAAGAGCAUUUGGUGUUUUAAAUCGACUUCAACAGUUGUCAAAUACACAAGAUAUGAGUCUCUUUGUUAAAGUACAAGCUGCGAUUGCUGAGUUUAAAGAACCAUGAUGGCUAUAAAAUAACGUCGAUUCCAUUGAUUUAAGCGUUAUUAAAUGGUAAAUUAAUAGUAGCGCAAAAUGUUCUGGAAUUAUUUUUAACAGAUACCGCGCCAUUUUUAUUAAAUUAAAUACUAAUGUUUACAAAAUACAACAUAAAAAUAAAAAAUGACUGAACAACCAUUGAAAACAUU